AGAAACCGAUAGGCAGUCGGAGAGUUCGUGCGCGACGCACUGCAAAGUUGUAACUGCGAAAAAUCCAAAGUGCUAUUAACAUUUUGUUUAAUUUUCACAUUCUUCCUGUGGUGCUCAAUUAAAAUCAAAGAUUACCGAAAAUUAACAUAAACGUGGCAAUUUGUAAUUGGACGCAAGGAAGUUAAAUACAUUUCAAAUUGCAACGGGCGAAAGAAGCGAACGCAAAAGCAAAAAAAGCAAAAAGGAAAAGAAAAAAAACCAAACCCAAGCGAAUUGUAGUUGAUGAAAAAUUAUAGGCGUUCGUGUUCGUAUUGGUGUUGGUCGUCGUGUAUGUGUGCGCGUGUGUGUGCUAGUGUGUAUGGUGUACGGCAUUUGUGCAUGUGUGUUGAUUUUUCAUGCGCAAUUUGGGUUACAACAAAGCAAAGUGAAAAGCGAAAAAUGGAAAAACGGCUGCUUAAAAUGCAUUAAAAUGUUGUUAUAGCCAGUACAAAAAGAAGAAGAGAGAGAGAGAAAGAGUGGGAGCGAGAAAGAGAGAGAGAGGGGCUUCAUUGAUUUUCCCUACGCACAAAAGUAUGCUACAUAAAACUAAGUACUCGAUUUAUCGUUGCGAUGAUGUCUCCAAUUGGCAAUGAGCUCGCUUGCUGGCUUCUAGACCGCAGCUCAAUCGCGUAAUCCGCCCAAACAACACCCCGGUAUCAGUAUCAGCAAGGAUGUGGACGACAACGACGACAACGACGAGGACAACAAAGACACCAUGUAGCUAGGCGGCGAGACAAAGCGCAAUUAUUUCCCCCCAAUAGCAAGAGCAAAUAAGCACAACCAAGAGCGGUAAACAAAGAACGAAAGUCUUAAUAACAUUCGCAAAGCGCAUCGCGAACUUUUGCUGUCUAUUGCUUUCGCAAUCGCAGUCGCAGUUUUGCGGGCAACUUGCCAAGCUGGCUCCAGUGUUGCCCAGCAGCGGCAUGGCCGGUCUGGUGAGUGCUGCCAAUGGCGCCGGCGGUGGCGGCAGCAAUGGCAGCACUGGCAGCGGCUACAAGCAUCAUCUCAUCUCGCCCACACACACGCCGCUGUUGCACAAUCACAAUCACAACACGCACUCACACACACACACACUGCCGGCCGGCAUAUGCAGCAGUGACAGCGGCAUCUCAACGCUGAGCGCCAUCUCGCCGCCCCUCUCGUCGGGCAAUUCAGUGUGCAGCGGCACCACAGCAUCCUCAACCACAGCCGGCGGUAGUCCCCAGCUGCGCACCUCGCCCGCCCUCAGCAUGCUGGGCAGUGCAACGGCCACGGCCAGCGGCAAAACUCAGACGCCAUCACAGACACUGAGUCCAGCGGGCAGCGGGGGUUCGCCGAAUUUCCUGAGCACCAUGAAACUGUUGGGACCGGCGGCCAGCAUUGAUUUGGGCAGCUCGCCGCUGUCGCAUCGCAACUACAGCAAUUCGCUGAAGGGAUUCAGCUUUCGUCGCAGCUUCGAUGACAAGAUCAUAACGCCGCCCUUUCUCUCCCAUGCCCAUGGACAUGGUAGCUAUGGCAGCGGGGGAGGCGGCGGCGGCGGCGGCAGCGGAGGAGUUGCUGGUAAUGCUGGCACAGCAACUCCGGGUCCCAUUCCCUAUCCCCACUUCCAUCCAACACCACAUCAUCAUGUCAAUGUGAAUGUGGCAUCGCCGGCCGUUGCCUCUGCGCAUCAUCUGCACUUGCAUCAUCAUGGCCCGGCUGCAGUGCAUCAGCCAUUGUCGCUGGGCACAUUGACGUCCUCGCAGUCGACCACAAAGCUCUCGUAUCGCGACGAUUUUCUGCAGCAGAUUGGCUAUCUGCCAACCACGCGCAUCUACAGCACUCCGACGAGCAUCGUGGACGAGGACAAGGCCCAGCAGGACUUCCUCUCGCUGUCUCUCUCUCCGCCGCUCAAUCGACGACGCGAUAUGCCCGCUCUGCGAGGACCCUUUGUCAGCCUCUCAGAGCCACGCGGCACAUUGAGCACCACGGAUGAGAUCUAUCCGGAUUCGCCGGACAGCAGCCUCUAUGGUUCGGAUGAGGAGCAGGAGGAUGCCUCGCAGUAUUGCCGUGGUGGCUAUCAUCCCGUGGUCAUUGGCGACAUCUUCGACAAUCGGUUUCGUGUUGUGCGCAAACUCGGCUGGGGACACUUCUCCACCGUGUGGCUCUGUCGAGAUCUCAAGGAUGAGAAAUAUGUGGCGCUGAAGGUGGUGAAGAGCGCUCCGCAUUAUAUUGAGACUGCAGCGGAUGAGAUUCGCCUACUGGAAGCGAUUCGCGAUGCGGAUUCCCUCGACGUAAAGCGCGAGCGCAUUGUCCGACUGAUGAAUCACUUUACGGUGCGUGGCGUGAAUGGUGUUCACACCUGCCUCGUGUUCGAGGCAUUGGGUUGCAGUCUGUACAAGCUGAUUGUGAAGAACAACUACCAAGGACUGGCGAUCACCCAGGUGCGCAACAUCAUCAAGCAGGUGCUCGAAGGACUCGACUAUCUGCACAGCAAGUGCAGCAUCAUCCACACGGACAUCAAGCCCGAAAACAUAUUGCUGGUGAUCGAUAAUGCGGCGGCCAUGAAUCAGCAGAUCGACGACGAGAUCAACAGUCUGCGCGUCAAGGGUGCCGAUUUUCCCGAUUCGUAUAUAAGUUCGAUAGAGAAGCAGACAAAGACGCGGGCCAAGUGGCCACUGAUCGAACCGAAUGGCUCAACGAACACGAGCAACAGCACAGCGAACAACUCGACAUCAUCGACGCCACUGGCCGCCAUAGUAAUGUCCUCGCUGGACAAGGACGACACGACCACCUCGUCCACGCUCAACUCCAACACCACCUCCUCGCUGGCCUCCAAGUACUCUAGCUUGAUUGGCGACAACGAGUGCAAUGGCAUCAGUCUGCUCAGCGUGGGCGGAGUCGAGAGUCCCAUUACCGGAGGAGGUAAUACGAAUUUAGGCAAUCGUUAUCGCGCCGAGAAGAAAAUCACUGCCAAGUCUUCUAUUGACCGCGACCUUGACGAGGACACUGACAACGACACCCUGGGUGAUAAUAGCACCAUUGCCAGCGACACGCCUACCGAGCAAGACGUUAAUAUCAUUACGAAUAACGUUUGCCCAAAUCCCGAUAAGCAGCUGCCCCCGAAUGCCAACGUGAGCAACUCGAAUGCCGGCAGCAACUUUAACUGCUCCACCAACAACUACUCGAAUGCGAACUCAAAUACUCAAAGCACGUGCACGCCACUACAGCAACAACAGCAACAUCAUCAACAACAACAACAACAACAGCAACCACAUAACAACAGCAACACGAUCCACGAUAGCAACAACAGCCCCACCUCCAAUACCAACACCAACACCAACACCAAUACCAAUGCCACGCUUACCACAUCCACAAUUGCCACUGCAACCACAUCCCAAACUGACCCCGCCUCUGUGUGUGCCACACCUGCCACUGUUACUGCCACUGCCACUGCACCAUCUUCAGCUCCCAGCAGCACCACAAGCACGUGCACGUACUCGUUUACGCAUAUCGUGCCACCAUCAACUGCAACUGCAACCACAGCAACUGCAACUGCAACUGCAACAAGCACUGACAACAUUGGCAGGACAACAGCCACAGCCACAGGCACAUCGACAACCACAACAACAACAAUAACUACAACUGCUACAGCUAAACUUAAUGUCAAUGCCAAUGCCAUUCCUUCGCAGAACCAGAGCCAGAGUCAGGGGCAAUCCUAUACGCACACAAUACAAUCGCUGAUCAACAACAGCAACGUGAGGGUGAAGAUCGCCGAUCUGGGCAAUGCCUGCUACGAUUACCAUCACUUCACGGAGGACAUUCAGACACGACAGUAUCGCUCCAUCGAAGUGCUGCUGGGCGCGCCCUACAACUAUACCGCCGAUAUCUGGAGCACUGCGUGCUUGGCCUUCGAGCUGGCUACGGGAGAUUAUCUAUUCGAUCCACAUGCAGGCGAGUCAUAUAGCCGAGAUGAGGAUCAUCUGGCGCACAUUGUGGAGCUGCUUGGAUCAAUACCGCAGUCGGUGAUACUGCGUGGCAAGCAUGGACUCAAGUACUUCACGAGCUAUGGCAGCCUAAGAAAUAUCACAAAGCUGAAGCCCUGGAGUCUGUUGAAUGUGCUUGUGGAGAAGUACGACUGGGAUCCGGUGGAGGCGAAGAAGUUCUCGGACUUUUUGCUACCCAUGCUCGAGUAUAAUCCGGUCAUAAGGGCGUCGGCAGCGGAGUGUCUGCAACAUCCUUGGUUGGAGCAGGAGGAGUUCGUCUAGUACACUCAAGCAUUAAUAUAACCGUACUCAUAUUUGUAGGCUUUUAUAUUCGAAAAGAGAUGAUUGUCAUAGAGGAACUAAUAUUACGAUACGAAAUAUUAUGCUAAAUUAGCGUUAAGCGUUAACCAGAAUGCAAAAACAAAAAAUAUACACAGGAAAAUUCAAAAAGAAUGCAAUAUUAUACACAGAGGAAAUUUGUGUGGAAAUUUCCGCAUAAUAUGAUGGCGGAAAGGGAAGCGGAAAAGGAGUUUUCGAAGCUUUUUUUUUCAUUUGACACGAUUUUUGUACUCGAGAGCUUUAAACAAGUUUAGCAACAUUGCGAUUUUAAUUAAUUUAAUAACAAAGGAACAACAUAAACAAAAACAAACAUGAAUUUUCUAUGCUUUCCCCUUGAAUUUCGUGAUUUUUUUUUAUAUAUUGAGAAAACAAACAAAAUAAAACAAAACAAAAGACAAUGACGACAAUUUGUAAGUCAACAGAUGCCUAAACUGACUGACUGAAAAAAAAAAACAAAAUAAAACAACAACAACAAAA